AAGGCUUCCGUUGUGAAGAGGAUAUCAAUGAAUGUGCAUCAAAUCCCUGCAUGCAUGGGAUUUGCAUCCAGAAUGAACCAGGCUUGGGCUACACCUGUUACUGCAAACCUGGAUUUGUGGGCCGAAGCUGUGAGCUUAAUUACGACGAUUGCUUAAUACGUACCUGCCCUGCUGGGUUUCUCUGUGUGGAUGGAAUAAACAAUAUCACCUGUUUACCUGCAGUCCCCCAAAGGGGACAAACCAUCAUCGAAAUGGAAGGAGUGCCCCCUAGUGAGCCAUUACAGAGAGGCCUCGCAUCAGCCCAUCCAAGCCUCUCGCCUUCUGACCUUUAUAUUUUUCAAACUUCCACAGGUCUGCAAAAGACAGACUUUCUCAACCAUGGGAUUCUCGCAACCUCUAGCAUGGCUAAAUUAAUGUCCAGCAUACCACUUGAAGGCACGGGACUAGGAUCAUUAGCCACCAAUAGUGAGUCUUCAGCAGCAUUCUUGCUCACUUCCUCAGCAGACAUUCCCACCUCACAGUUGUUGGGAUUUGCAGGUCCGUUUGCAACAAGAAUAACGUCCGACGUAACAACUGAGCCAUGGGCAAUGAUUGAUAGUUCAGGAGAUUUAACACUAGUCUCUCUCUCACAAGAUGAGUAUGAUAUAACCUCAUUUAUCACAGACUCCUUAAUGACGGUUCCAGUUCCCUCUGUGCAAAGUUUGUCAGUAGGGAACCAUCAGGCUCUUGCUUUAUCUGCUACAGACGUGAGUUCAGUAAUUAGUAGCAUACCAGAGACCUUGAUUGAAUUAAAUAGUCACUCAUUACUCUCCCCCAGAUUCCAGCCUGCCACUCUGGCAAUUGCAUUUUCAGUUCUCUCCAUGUUGUCUCCAGAGGAUACUAGAGAGCAAUCGGCUGCUUCCCUAAUAUCGACAGGCAAAGACUGGAUUUUACCAAAGCCCUCUGUGAUACCUGUUUUCCCUCUUGAAGCAGCCAUUUCAGAAAAGGUAGGCGGCUUUAGCUCAUCAGUUAUGCAGCAAUCCAAAAGGCAAACAUCCUUUGACCUCAACUGGCAAACUACAGGUUCUUUAAGCAAAUUAAACCAAACGUGUGCAACGGGUUCUUCAGCUGACAUGAAACUCUCCAAUGAAUUCUCAGAUCAGGUUCUGCAUAGCAAAGAGCCUCUCUUUCAUGAGGUGUUCUGGAUGAAUUUGGUGUUAUUAACCAGCUGCUCCACAUUAAUGAGAUCUACUGCCGGUACUUCUGGGCAUUCAUUUGUUUCAGCUCGGGGAACGGCAUCAUUGGCAAAAUUCACAGAAGUAUCUUCCUUGCAUCCUACCGAACAAAGCAGAUAUAAAUUCACUACAGAGGGGUAUUUCCUAACUAGGCCCUUGGAGGAACCAAGCACUGAAUUCUCAUGUGUUUAUUUGGACUGCGUAGCAACUGUUCUUUUACAAACUGUCCAUUUAGAGCCAUCGUUUCCGACCAUCUCAGCUUCUCAAAGAUCAAACAUGUAUUUGAGUAGGAAAUUAACUGACGUGGAACAGCUGGACUACACAUCACAUGAUCCAGUUAUGGAGAUGUCUCAGUCAUUGACUCAGGGUACAUUGUUAGCUUUUCAUCUGAGCAAUGCUCUUCACGAAGAAAAUGGCACCCAUGUUGCAUCUCAUUCCAAUAAGUCCACAUCACAUGAACCAGGAAGUUCAGAGGGGAUUUUUGAUUUGCACCUUGAGCAUGCAGGCACUUCAAAAAGAGGCUCAGUGGUUGUUUUUCUUCAUGGGCAUUUAUCAGCCUUUUCUGAUAUGGCAUCCUCUUCAGUACUAGCUGACCAGCCACUCCCUACACAAACAUACUUUGCGAAAAUCUCAGCGACACAGUACCUUUCAUUUUCUGAUGAAAAUCAGGCUUCAACUGUAAUAGAUGGUACUUCACAGCAGUAUUUGAAGUGGACUGAUAGUACAGAUGAAGAACGUAUGGCAAGUUCAGACAUCCCCUUAUCACAGUCACACAGCAUGUCAGUAGUAGCUUCAACUGUCACCCCUUACCAGCUGACAAUGUCUGGUGAGUUGCUGCUUUUUUUUCCCUUUUCCCUUUUACUUCUACUUGGUAGAUAUAUUGUGGCCUGA